GUUGUGUCAAUUAGACGGGUAGAGUCUAAGUGGUGAGGAGUGAAACCGUUGUCAGGUUGUGCACCUAACACCAUGGUUGACACCCGUGGAGGGAAGAGUACUACCCCUUGUACCCAGGCUCAGCAGGACCAAGCUGCCGCCAUUAUGCAAGAGAGAAGGGAGAAGAAGGAGAAGAAGGAGCUCCUCAAGCAAGCGAAGUCGAAGGCAAUCGCAGAGGAGCAGGUGGCGAAGAAGAAGAAAUUGGAGGAGAUGAUGAGAUUACAGCAAGAGGAGGAAGAGAAAAAGAGGGCUGCCGAAGAAGAAGCAGCAGAGGAGGAGGAAGAAUUAGAAGAAGAAGGACCCCUCGAGAGGAGGCGCACGAGAGAGAGAGGAGAGAGCAGUGGCACGAAGGGAGAAAACCCGUGGGUGGAAAGGAAGAUCAGCGAAUGGGUUGCUAAUUUAUCGAUAGGACGUAAGGCGCCGGCAUGGGAAAAGGUAGCCGAGUCAGGUGGGGGCAUUAGGACGCAGUGGCAAAAGGGCCAAGAAGGCCACAGGCUAAGUAGGGACCCGCGUCCGGGGAGGAACGGUGCACGGGACGCGAAAGGAAUAAGGGGAGGAGGCCGCCAUAAGGUAGGAAAAUUACGAGUAAUGUCAAGAGAAGAUGUGGUACCGGCAGAACAAAGUGUCGGGGACCACGCGAGACCAAGAGAAGACGUGGUACCGGCAGAACAAAGUGUCGGGGACCACGCAAGACCAAGAGAAGACGUGGUACCGGCAGAACGAAGUGUCGGGGACCACGUGAGACCAAGAGAAGACGUGGUACCGACAGGACAAAGUGUCAGGGACCACAUGAGACCAGGAGAAGACGUGGUACCGAUAGGGCAAAGUGUCGGGGACCACGUAAGACCAAGAGAAGACAUGGUACCGGCGGGGCAAAGUGUCGGGGACCACGCGAGACUAAGAGAAGGCGUGGUACCGGCAGAACAAAGUGUCGGGGACCGCACGGGACUAGACAGAAAAUGCGGCACCCAUGGGACAAGUGUCGGGGACCGCACGGGACUAGACAGAAAAUGCGGCACCCAUGGGACAACCUGUGGACUGGCGGAGGGAGUACCGCUGACGGAGCCUCGGAGACGAUUAGUAGCUUGUCGUAGUUUGGUCUGGGAAAGGCAGUUCCUUGUCGGACCGAUGGAAGUGAAUGCCUGGACGGCUGGCUCCAAUGGCCCUACCGAGAUGUGCGGGGUGAUUCCCGAGAUUAACGGUGGGCAUACGAGCGGCAAGUCGGGAUGGGGUAUUCUGGGCAAAAAGGACAUAAUGGUCAUUGUGGCCGCGAGCCGGUCCGAGAAAGAAACCCGAGAUGUGAUGAUGAGAAAAUAUCUGGCAGCAGAGAAGAUGGCAACGGAGGUCGAUUUAGCGGCAGUCCGGAGGAAGAACUUCGCAACGUACAAUGACUUCCUACGAGAGUUUACUUUGGUAGCACUAAGAAUCCCCGGGGUUAUGGAACGAAUAAUGAGAGAAGUAACAGACCUCCUCCGAGCAAAGAUGGACUCCUUCAUUGUGGAGCCUACAGCAUCACCAUACGCAAAUCGGUGGUUCGUCUUUCGGAAGCCUAACAAGACACUAAGGUGGAUUCAGGACCUGCAGAAGUUGAAUGCGGUAACCAUUCGGGAUGCUGACUCGCUACCUCAGGCUGACUUAUUAGCAGAAUCGUACGCCGGUCGGAGCAUUUACUCCCUGAUAGACUUGUACUCAGGGUACGACCAACUUCCGUUGGAUGUUCAUGACAGGCCAUACACCGCUAUGCACACCCUCGUAGGCCAACUACAGACGCAAGUGACCCCUAUGGGAUUCAUAAACGCGGUGGUCGAAGUGCAACGCAGGAUGCUCGCCGUGGCCGGGGAUAUGUUCCCAGAAAAAUGUGAGCCUUACAUCGAUGACAAUUCGAUCAAAGGCGCGCAGGAGAAGGACGAGACGGAAGUCCGGCCAGGAAUCCGACGUUUUGAGUGGGACCACCUGCAGGACAUCAAGGACUUACUCCGCCGGUUCCUGGUAUACAACAUUACGGCUAGUGGACCAAAGAGUAUCGUAGCAGUACCGGAGGUAACUAUACUAGGAUUUCGUUGUGGUGCUUACGACAGGAAGCCGGAUCCGGCAGAGACCGACAAGAUAUCACAGUGGCUGACACCACUGCGCACGACGACGGAGGUAAGAGCGUUCCUCGGCGUAGUCGGCUUUUGGAGGAUCUUCAUUAAGAACUUUGCCAAGAUUGCGGAGCCUAUCCGGGCUAUGAUCAGGGAAGAAGGAACCAUGGAUUGGACGGAGGAGCGAGAAGGAGUUGUCCAAAGGCUCAAGGACAUAUUCACAUUUGAGACAGUCGCCCUGUCCGCGCCUUGUUUUAAUGACGAAGUGGGACAACCCUUCAUCCUAGAGACGGAUGGAGGACCUUUGGCCGUAGUAGGUGUGUUGAUUCAAAGGGAUGAGGGAGGAAAAGAAAGGCCAAUUAGGUUUGAGAGUAGAACCCUGAACUUCGCAGAGCGGCGGUACUCACAGUUCAAGAAGGAGGUCCUAGCCAUCUUGCACUGGGUGGAGGAUGCGAAGCCCAUAGACGCGUUCCUCGAAUACGAAGGAGGAACUCUUGCGGUGGAUAACGAAAGGAUGAGCGAAGGAUGCGGGUCUGGAGAACUAUUGAUCCAGACUUUGGAGAAGGGGGCACCUGCCGUAGUAGCAGAACUUAGAGAAGGACCAGUCACCACUCGAGGACACAGAGAAGAAAAUGACUCAUGGAGAGCGAUAGUAGGACCGAAAGAGGAGCUAAUAGCAAUGGCGGUCAAGGGAGGCCGGGAAGCAGUGAUGAGCUUAGAGGAAUCUUGGGAAAGGAAAGAGUUGCAAUGGGUGGUAAAUCAGAUGCAGGAAGGAAAGGAUGGGGGCGAGGAAGGAGAGGAGUUUUUCUAUGUCCAAUCAUAUGAAGGGCUCUUUCGGGAGAUCGGGCUGUUAUUGGUAGGAAACAAACAACCUACGGAAGUCAGUAUUAAAGCAAGGGAAGAAGCCGAAAGGUACGUCCUAAGGGGCGGGCAUUUGUUCCGAAGGGAGGAAGGUGCUAUGCCCAGAAGGGUUGUGUGCGGAAGAUCUAGGCAAGAAGAUGUUAUCCUAGCAAUGCACGAUGGGUUGGUUGGAGGUCAUCGGUCGUCCAAAGGAACGCUUGCAAAGAUGAUGCCACUCUAUUAUUGGCCAGGCAUGGCAGGCAUGGUCGCCAUAUACUGCCAGACUUGCCUUAUUUGCCAAGAACGAAGCUCGGUGCGGGUCUUCGAGCUGCUUAGACCAACGCGGGUGCUAGGGCCGAGACAUCUGGUCCACCUCGACCUUGUGGUCAUGCCUGUAUCAACGGAUGGGUACAGGUAUAUCAUGGAUGCGCGAGACAACUUGAGUGGGUUCGUGGAGGCGGUCGCCCUCAAGAAAAAGACAAGGAGGAGUGUGGCGGACUGGAUAGAAGACUUCUACUUGAGGCAUCCGUUCGUCAUGAGGUUUAUAGCAGACAAUGGGAUGGAGUUUGUGAACCACGAAGUAUUGGGGAUGCUUAAGAGACUCUGCGUACCGAUCAAACUCAUCGAGCCGUAUCACCCUGAGGCCAAUGCAUCUGUGGAAAGGGGGCACCGAACCUUGAAGAACACGAUUGCGAAACUCGCAGCGGACCAUCUGGGGAGCUGGCCUAGGUAUCUUAAGCAGUCUGCCUUUGCGGAGAAUAUGACCCCUAAAAGGACAACAGGAUAUAUCCCGACGGAACUUUGGUACGGAAGAGAGAUCGACUUUCCUGUGGAAGCCUUGGUACCUACCUAGAAUAGGUUAGAUGAUGAUCCACAAAUGACUACUGAAGAAUUAAUCGAGGCAAGAUGUUAACAGAUCCUUAAG